CGAGUCGGGUAGCAGGCGAAGCCGGGAGGGACAUCGGGCGCCGCCGCCGCAGAGAAGAGAUAUGGAAGAGCUUUCUGAAUCUGAAGGACCAGUAGAUUGGAAAGAACGAUGCGUAGCUCUGGAGUCUCAGCUCAUGAAAUUUCGAGUCCAAGCGAGCAAGAUCCGAGAGCUCUUAGCAGAGAAAAUGCAACAGUUGGAGAGGCAAGUUAUCGAUGCUGAACGCCAAGCAGAAAAGGCUUUUCAACAGGUACAAGUUAUGGAGGAGAAACUAAAAGCAGCUAAUAUUCAAACAAGUGAGUCAGAGACUCGGCUAUAUAAGAAGUGUCAAGAUCUGGAGUCUGUAAUGCAGGAGAAGGAUGACAUCAUUCAGAACUUGGCGCUGCGGCUUGAAGAGCAGAAACAAGUAAGAAUGCAAGAAGCUAAAAUAAUAGAAGAAAAAGCAGCAAAGAUCAAAGAAUGGGUAACUGUUAAGUUAAAUGAGCUGGAAGUGGAGAAUCAGAAUCUUCGUUUCAUCAACCAAAACCAAACUGAAGAGAUAAGAGCAAUACAGUCAAAAUUGCAAGAACUCCAAGGCAAGAAGGUGUCCUGCGUGGCCACACCGAAGCUCUCAGAAGGGCAGCGCCUGAGCGGUUUGACGUUUGGGUGCUUCUUGUCCCGAGCCAAGAGUCCUCCUCAUGUAGUACGAUCUGAAGAAAUAAGCAAGAUGGCAUCCAAAGACCCCGAGUUCACCGAAGGAAAAUGCAUAGAAGAGAUGGAAAUUGCAGAGAAGCCUACUGAUAACCACAUGCAAGAAAACAGAAGCCAGAGAAAGUUGCACGAGACCCCUUGCAGCUCAGAACAGAACCGGAAAACAAGAGCAAGCUUCACAACAGAUGGUGGUACAUCCCAGAAUUCCGGGGCUCCAGGGACUGAUUGGAGUUCAGACGAGGAAGACGGAAGCAAGGACAGAUCCAAGUCCAGGUGCACAUCCACCCUUUCCAGCCACACGUCAGAGGAGGGUGUCCACUGCGGCAGGAUGGGCAGCGAAGCAUACCUCACCGCAUCUGAUGACAGCAGUUCUAUAUUCGAAGAAGAGACUUUCGGCAUCACCAUGCCAGAGCACAAGAAACUGUAUUCUUGGCAGCAGAAGGCACCAUGGAAAGCUCAGAAUAGCCUUGCAAAGGGGAAUGCUCAGGCAGGUAUAAAGGAGCAAGACAGUUCCUCGGAUGAACUGAAUAAGAAGUUUCAGUCCCAGAGACUGGAUUAUUCCUCCUCAUCAAGCGAGGCCAACACCCCAAGCCCUAUUUUGACCCCAGCUUUAACCCCAAAACAUCCUAACUCACUACCUGGGAAAGGAAUGCAGUUAGUGCCUUCAGCCUACCUGCCACCCCCAAAGCUAAGGAUCCCCAAUGUUUUCAGUAUAAGUGUGGCACUCACCAAAAGGCACCUGAGCCAGCCACAGUUAUGUUCUGAGCGGAUGUUUGGCACGAACAGGAAUGCCAUAAGCAUGAUCCGGCCACUGAGACCUCAGGAGACGGAUCUUGAUGUCGUUGAUGGUGACAGCAUGGAAGUUGUGGAGAGCACGGACGUGGGCCGCGAAGACGGCUUGUUUUCCUGUGACUCCCCGGAUUCUCCGUAUGCGGACGACCAGGAAACCAGCGAGCCCAUGAAGAAGGCGUCUUGCAACAAGCCUCCCACACCUCCUCUGCACCGCUUUCCCUCCUGGGAAAGCAGAAUAUAUGCUGUAGCCAAAUCAGGCAUUCGAAUGUCUGAGGCCUUCAAUGUGGAGAAUGCUAAUAAAAAUUCUGCAGCCAUGGUUUCCUACUCUGCAUCAGGCCUUUAUACAUCCCUGAUAUACAAGAAUAUGACGACCCCGGUGUACACAACGUUGAAGGGGAAGGCGACACAGAUAAGUAGCAGUCCUUUCCUGGAUGAUUCCUCUGGCUCAGAGGAAGAGGACAGUUCCAGGUCCAGCUCCCGGACGUCGGAAUCAGACACACGCAGCCGCAGUGGGCCCAGCAGUCCCAGAGCCAUGAAACGAGGCGUGUCUGUCUCUUCCGUGGCGUCGGAGAGCGAUUAUGCCAUUCCACCCGAUGCCUACAGCGCAGACUCGGAGUGCUCGCAGCCUGAGCAGAAACUCCCUAAAACCUGCUCGUCCUCCAGUGAGAACGGGAAAAAUGAACCGUUAGAAAAAUCUGGCUAUCUACUAAAAAUGAGCGGGAAAGUCAAGACUUGGAAGCGGAGGUGGUUCGUCCUGAAAGGCGGUGAAUUACUUUACUACAAGUCUCCGAGCGAUGUAAUUCGGAAACCCCAGGGCCACAUUGAACUUAGCGCAUCCAGCAGUAUCUUGAGGGGCGAUAACAAGCAAACAGUCCAGCUGACCACAGAGAAACACACAUAUUAUCUGACUGCAGAUUCUCCCAAUAUAUUGGAAGAAUGGAUUAAAGUGUUACAGAAUGUUCUGCGAGUACAAGCUGCUAAUCCUCUUUGCCUACAGCCUGAGGGCAAACCAACAGCCAAGGGAUUGCUCACCAAGGUAAAACACGGCUACUCUAAGAGAGUCUGGUGUACGCUUGUUGGGAAGAUCUUGUAUUAUUUUCGCAGUCAAGAGGAUAAGUUUCCUCUAGGUCAGAUCAAGCUCUGGGAGGCCAAGGUGGAGGAGGUGGACAGGUCCUGUGACUCAGAUGAAGACUAUGAAGCCAGUGGGCGUUGUCUGCUCUCCACCCACUACACCAUCGUUAUCCACCCCAAAGAUCAAGGCCCGACAUACCUGCUGAUCGGGUCCAAGCACGAAAAGGACACUUGGCUUUAUCAUCUCACUGUUGCGGCUGGAAGUAACAAUGUAAAUGUUGGAUCCGAAUUUGAACAACUGGUUUGCAAACUGCUAAAUAUAGAAGGGGACCCUUCCUCCCAGAUAUGGAGACAUCCCACGCUGUGUCACAGCAAAGAAGGGAUCCUGUCCCCUCUGACCACGCUGCCUUCGGAAGCUCUGCAGACGGAGGCCAUUAAGUUAUUUAAGACCUGCCAGCUCUUUAUAAACGCUGCGGUCGACUCCCCUGCCAUCGACUACCAUAUCUCUCUAGCUCAGAGUGCUUUGCAGGUCUGCCUGACACAUCCCGAGCUACAGAACGAGAUUUGCUGUCAGCUUAUUAAACAGACAAGACGAAGACAGCCGCAGAACCAGCCGGGGCCAUUGCAGGGCUGGCAGCUCUUGGCACUCUGCGUUGGGCUCUUCCUUCCCCACCACCCUUUCCUGUGGCUCCUCCAGCUCCAUCUGAAAAGGAAUGCAGAUUCCAGGACAGAAUUUGGGAAAUAUGCCAUUUACUGCCAGCGAUGUGUUGAGAGAACACAACAAAACGGGGAUCGGGAGGCCAGGCCCUCGAGGAUGGAAAUCCUCUCCACCCUUCUUCGGAACCCAUACCAUCAUUCCCUGCCCUUCAGCAUCCCCGUGCACUUCAUGAAUGGGAUCUAUCAGGUAGUUGGGUUUGAUGCCUCCACUACAGUGGAAGAAUUUUUGAAUACCUUAAACCAGGACACGGGAAUGAGAAAGCCGGCACAAUCUGGAUUUGCACUGUUCACUGACGACCCUUCCGGCAGAGACCUUGAACAUUGUCUUCAGGGAAAUAUCAAGAUCUGUGACAUUAUUUCUAAAUGGGAACAGGCGUCCAAAGAACAGCAGCCCGGGAAAUGCGAGGGCACAAGAACUGUCCGUCUGACUUACAAAAACAGACUGUACUUCUCAAUGCAAGCUCGUGGAGAGACGGACAGAGAGAAGCUGCUGUUGCUCUACCAGACAAAUGAUCAGAUAAUAAAUGGCCUUUUCCCUCUGAACAAGGACCUGGCGUUAGAAAUGGCAGCGCUUUUAGCUCAGGUGGAGAUUGGGGAUUUUGAGAGACCUUUCUCAACUCCAGCCGGGCAUGUGACUAACCAGUGCAAAGCAAACCAAAACCUCAAACAAGUCAUAGAAAAAUUUUACCCUAAAAGGUACAGGGAUGGCUGCUCCGAAGAACAGUUGCGGCAGCUCUACCAGCGACUCUCAACCAGAUGGACGGCCCUCCGGGGACACAGUGCUGCUGACUGCGUGCGCAUUUAUUUGACAGUAGCCAGGAAGUGGCCAUUCUUUGGUGCCAAGUUGUUUUUUGCAAAACCCAUAACUCCGUCAUCAUCUGGCAAUACUUUUGUGUGGCUGGCUAUCCAUGAAAAUGGAUUGAGCAUCUUAGAGUACACCUCCAUGAGGCUAAUGGUCAGCUAUGUGUACAGGAGCCUGAUGACCUUUGGAGGGUAUCAGGACGAUUUUAUGGUCGUCAUUAAUACUCAUUCAAAAGACAGACCAACGGAGAAGUUACUCUUUGCCAUGGCAAAACCCAAGAUUCUUGAAAUCACCCUUCUGAUCGCCAGUUACAUCAACAACUUCUUCCAGCAAAAGGCAGCGUUCCACCACCUCUCUGCCCCAGCCUUGCUCUCAGCCAGGACCCAGGGACCGCAAGCGAAGGCCAACGGAAGCCAGCCCCUCCUGUCGAACAGCAGGCCCACCAAAGGCCCCACCUUACUCUGAAAACUGCUGAGCCUGAACCUUCUUCACUCAUCCUCCACGAAGUGGCUGCGUCCACUACAGACAAGUGUUUUACACACUGCCGCCUCGGCGCGCACACCACCCCUCCAGACUCCAGCAGUGAUGGGUCACUCUCUUAUCUGACGUAAAUAUUCAGAUAACAAUAAAACAGAAUCAUAAAAUGUGCCAACACACUCAUGGUGUCUUAGACACAGUAGGUUAGAAUUUGUCUUCAUCCCACCCCAUCUCCCUUCUUGGCCAUCAGACAUGGUACAAUAAGGUUUCUCAUUUUUGCUUUGAAAUAUCCUGGCAGUCUUUUGAAAGGGAGAUUCCAGACUCUCUUUUGGUAAACCAGUUGACUAUCUGGAAAAAACUCACUGCCAAAAAAUGUAAGUACUGUAAUUCAAUGUGCCUUUAGCUAAAUGAAGUGGUACUUGGAAGAGAAUGAGGGUCAGUUUGAGAAUCAGCUGUGGGAACAUUAUGCAGGGGGGACAUCCUUGGAGUAAGUGCAGUAAAUCUGCUGAGUCUGUGAGUCAUUCAUGAGAAGACAGGCGGUCGCUGACCAGAGCCAACUCUGUGGCAUUAGAACGUGUGGACCCUGCUGCCUCUGCACAUCACAGAGUGUGGGAUUCAAAAUGAGGUACUGAGUCCUGGCGUCCCUGCCUUCCAGGAUAGCGUGAGAUCGCGGGAAGGGUGUCCCGCAAUUUCACUGUGUUUAAUGCUAGGUCAACCUGACCUUGCUUUGUUAUAAAUUUCUAUCUUUGGAAACAAAGGUGAUCCUUAAAACUCGGUCCUUCACACAGUCUUUCCUGAUUAGAGUUUAAAAGUAAUUCUAGAGUAAAUUUUAAUAGAAAAUACUUAUGCCAAAGGAAGUAACUUUUCAGUCAAAGUUGUCUUGAGAUGCCCGUGUUUGAUAGUUAUCCCACUGCUGUGGCAAAUACUUGACAGAAACGACCUAAGGGAGACAGGAUUAUUUUUGCUGUUUCAGAGGGUUCUGUCCCUGGCUGCUCGGCCUCAUGCAGUUGAAAAGAACCCCAUGGUGGCGGGGCUUGUGACAUACAAGGUUUCUCCACCUCAUGGUGGAUGGGAAGCAGAGAGCAAGAAGGGACCAGGGACAGGUACACCUUCAAAAGCGUGUCCCCAGUGACUCACUUCCUCUAAUUAAGCUCCAACUCUCAAAAUUUCUACCACCCUUCAAACUGGCAUCACCGUCUGGGAGCCAAGUGUUCAACACACUAGGAACAUAUAACUCAUAGUUAAAUCAAAACAGCAACAUAGGCGGCCAGUACAGUCCAGGCUAUGUUAAAGAAAUGGAAUUAUUAUUCAUGAUAAAAAAUGAAACUGUGAUAAGAUAUGAAAAUUCUAUUAUAAAAACAUCUAACUGUAAUAGUGAUAAGCACGAGUCUACCUAAUUUUAUUUAUGUGUAGAAUAUUUGUAUUUAUUUUUAGACAUAUAUAUCACUGUGCGUGCCAUUAUUUUUUUUUAAACCAAUUUGAGGAAAUGCUAGCUGCCCAAUUAAUUUGUUGGCAGAGCCCUUGAAUUUUCCUCUCUGCUGCUUUCUUCCUGUGGUAGUGUCCCGUUCCCACACUGAAUCUUUAAAAUAUGUUUUUCCCUUGGGAGCAAAGUUAGGACACACGCUACUCGAGUCCUGUUGGAUUGUCUUGGUAAAGACAAAGAUAAAUUUAAAACCCCAUUGAAAUGGGGUUUUAAUGGGGUUUUAAAUUUCCCCUUCCAUCUUGUGAGCCACAAUCACUCGCUCAAUCAACCAAUUCAUUUUUUAGAAUAACUGAUUGACGAUUUGGGGUGACUCUCCGAGUGUUUUUGACUGGGAUAAAGUAGUGUUUUUGAGUGCCCAUAAAGCUGCCUAAUAAUCAUUAGGAGGCAAGCUACAGAGACUGGGCAGAACUCUUUAUUCUUGCCAACAUUUCCCUCACCAUCUGGUGAGCAGUCCCAUACGCCCAGCCUGAGAUUGCAAAGCAGUCAAUGCUUAGCCUAAGCCAUGGUGCCUUAGACUUCACGCUUGUUUUUGACAGAGCAGAAAUAAAAUAUUUUGAUGGAAAGAAAUCAAUUUUCUGUAACCAAUCAUGUGAAAAUUUUAUUUCCUGGGAAAUUACUUAUCUAGCCAUUUUUUUUUUAAUGCAAGUAUGUUAUUAUGAUUGGUUACCAGAGAAUAAUGUUUCAUAGUUAAUUGUAAUAUUUCUCACCUUUCCUUUUCUUCCCUUUCAGUCAUAAUAAAUGAUUUGCAAGACCCAUGCUGAACAUUAUCUUUUGACUAAUCUUCAAGAAAUCCCUAAUGUUUUCGCUGUCGCAGCUGAGGUGCUGGGGAGGGAGGGGCAGUUAUCGCCGCCUCCUGCAUUCAGUCUGUCUUCAGCGUGGCGUUGUUCCAUUCACAUGAAAGGAAGCUGUUUAGACAAAAUGUAAUUUUAAUACGUGUGCAUAUGGAUGCAUACAGACUAUGUGAAGAGGCAAAGAGAAAUUUGUGU